AGUGAACUGUGGUGCUUCCCUUGGUUUAAGGGAAUUGAAAUAUUACACUGCCAUUUGUUCCCUAGGUCCCUUGGGGAGCAAAUGUACCAUAGCGUGUUGCCUUAUCCCCUCUGCUCCCCCAGACCCAGAGCCCUUAACUUUCUGUAGGAGUUAAGCUGCAGCAACAGAAAUCAAGGGCCUUAUUCAACUUCCACUGAAGUCAGGGGAAGUCUUUCCAUUGGCUUCUAAGGGCAUUGGAUCAUGACAUCAUUGCUGGAUUCCAUUACAGCGCCCCUGGAGAGCAAAGAUGUGGUCCCAGUCCCCUCUACCAGCCACCAGCAGAAAACGUGGAGAGAGAAGCCACCAAAAGUGUUCAGCUCCAGUUAUAGCAGAACACUGUUUACUGUGAGAGUCUCAUUUAAAAAGUGGCUUUACUAUAUGCCAGUUCCUUCAUAUGCAUGUAAGUGUCAUAUACUGAACAUUGCUUUUUCAAAAAGCCCCUUGAGUCAGCAAUGUCUAAAUUGCUAUGAAACAAAUAUUUAAGUAGGAGGAGUUCCCUCCCUGCUCUGCACAUAAUAUAUAAAAUGCACAGUCAAAACUUAUUUCUACGAUUUGACAAUUGUACACCCAAAUACAGUACUCCUCUGCACAUUUGCUCCUAAUCCCCUCUAUUUCUGAGAGGCACUCCAACCUCUGUUAAUCUACAAGGAUAUAGUAGCUACUAUCCUGCAUUUUUUGCAGGAUUCAAGCACCUGACAUUGAUCAAAAGGAGCCCUGCGGAUUUCACAGAGCACAACCCCUCCCAUUUGCAGUCACACACAAUGUGGCAACUACAAAAGUGGCCUAUUUGGAACAGUAAUAUUAGGAAAGUUUUUAAUGAGUUUUUAGCGGUCUUUUAACGCAAUUUAGAAAAUGAAAAUACAGAAGGGAACCAGCACCAUGUAACCAGCCAGCUCUCCACAAACUACCAUUUGAGAACUUCUGAUCUAAAUCAUCUUCAUUUGAGCCUCUUUGAACAGCAAUAAUUGUUGCACUUCACCAGAAUUUCACAGAAAGUACGAAGAAGAUUGUGUUCGGCUCAAUCCACUUUACUUAAUAUAUAAAAUUACCAUUGCUCAUGUUUUCUCUAGAGACACAGGCAAAUAAACAAUGCUACUACGCAUAUCUUAGGCAAAAAUUGCAAACAUGACUAUUUACACUUUUUUUUUUUUUUGUUAACACACAACAUCUAUCCCAAAUUUGGUCUUCAAGUAGGCACCUUUUGAACAUUAAUUCUUAGUCAUCUCCCUAAUCUUGACACUUCCUGCAGCAAGUGUUGAUAAACUUCCUCUUUCUACGCAAAAAAAUUCGAUGCGAGAACAGUGGACCCUUUUAGAGCUCUUUAAUGUGAAACACCCAUUCUGACUGCUUUAGUUUUGAAACAGCAAAAUGUUAACUUAGUAUGUGAAGCUUGUUUACUACAGGAGACUUUAUUGUACAGAAGAUAACCACGCACUGCGUGUGGUCAGCAGAAGAGAAAGGGACACAAACCAAAUAAUCCUAAUUUUCUUCUACGGACAAUUGUGGAGAUCACUUUCUACAGAGAUACAGAGGCCUCCAACAAACCUGUCGUCAACUUUUUUCUGACACAAUCAAGAAAUACAUCUAUUAGUCUUGAAAAAAAAAAUAAAGGAAAUACAGCUCCCAAGUUCCUUUACCAAUCAAAUGAACUUGCUAUCUUACACCAAAUUGAAAAGCCAUCAGCAGCUAUCAUGACACCUCAUACCACUGUAACUGAAGAAAGUGAAUCCAGUGAUGGGAGCUGGUUAGCUGCAUUGUUAAUUGGCAUAAUUUUGUCUGGUAUGAUGAUAGUUAUUAUUAUAAUUCUACUGUGGAAAUGCUCAAAAAAGCCAGCUCAGAUUGAUCCAAACUGGGCAGGUCGCUCUCCAUUUGCAGAUGGAGACACACUUGAUAUCUCUGUGGAGUGUACUAAAGAAAUGGAGCUGGCCACAAAACGUACAUCAGUUCUCUCUAUCUUGCCAUGGAAAUUUAACAAAAAUACACCCCUGGAUAAUUCUAAAAGCUCUGAAUCAAAAGAAAGACUUGAGAAGCCACCCUGCUGCAACACAAAGGAGAAGAGCAAUCAAUCUACCCCUGCACUAAAGGGAGGCUCAGGCCCAUUAGCCGCCAACAUUCCGGUUUCCUCUUCAAAUAUUAUCAAUGUGCCCCCACCUCCUGUUUCAGAUGGACUGAGUGAUGUAUGCGACCCUCCACUCAACCCAAUCCUUCCCCCACCCGAGUCACUUGAUCUGCCACCUCCACCUGACUGGGUUAACGAAGUCCAGGAGAAUCACUGUUCCGAAAUCAGCAAAUCUCUUGCAUUUCAAUCAGAAGCACAGAAAGAGUUUCCCCCUCCUCCUGACUUAACCCAUCAAGAUGUAAAUUAACCAUUGCUGCCAGCGUGGCCAGACCCUGGAUAAACUGAAGGAGCCGGCUUUGCAACAUACUUCACACUGUUCUUAAAAGUGUUUUGAAGCAAAUGAUUACAUGAGAAGCAGAGAUAAACAAGAACUAUAUGAAGUUACAGCUUUUAUUAAACAUUAGCUUUUCACAAAUGGGAACCGCCUACUGAUCUGCUUGAAACUAAUGACUUCAGUACAGGAUAUGGAUGGUAGCUAAAGAAAAAAUGGGACUAAGCACGUAAAUGGAGGUCUAGUAUUUACAGAUUUUAAAAGCUACGGAAACAAAGACAUUCCAUAUAUAUAGUUUUCAAAAUGCAAUGAGUCUAGCUUUAUAGAAAGACCGCUUCUAACUUUUAUGUUUGUUUUUCCAGGCUGUAUAACUUGAACUAACAGUCACUUUAGCAGCACACUUCACAUUUACUUAAUUUUAAUAAAAUGUUUGAAUACAAAGGCA